UCCUUCAGGUCCGGUGCGCGCGAGGAGUCUCCAAAAAGCUUCUCUCUCUCUUACUCUCUCACUCCCUCCCUCACACACACACAAACAGAGACAUACACACUCCACCCCGCGCGCGCGCUCUCUCUCACACACACACUCUCACACACACACUCACUCACUCGCCGAUGAGGACCGCGUCGCUCGCGCUGCUGGCCCUGGCCGGGCUGUGGUUGGCCGUGGCUCGCGCUGGUGCGCAGGGCUCGAGCCCCGACCCGUGCUACGACGAGCACGGAGCCGCGCGCCGCUGCAUCCCAGACUUCGUGAACGCGGCGUUCGGCAAGGAGGUGCGCGCCUCCAGCACGUGCGGCGCGCGGGGGCCCAACCGCUACUGCGCAAGGAGCGAGGAGAGCGCGCGCACCUGCCACACGUGCGACGCCUCGGACCCGCGGCGCGCGCACCCGGCCUCCUACCUGACCGACCUCAACAACCCGCACAACCUCACGUGCUGGCAGUCGGAGACGGGAGUGCAGCGCGCGCCCAACGUCUCGCUGACCCUCUCGCUGGGCAAGAAGUUCGAGGUGACCUACGUCAGCGUGCAGUUCUGCUCGCGGCGGCCGGACUCGAUGGCCAUCUCCAAGUCCAUGGACUACGGCAAGACCUGGGUGCCCUUCCAGUUCUACUCCACGCAGUGCCGGAAGGUGUACGGCCGGCCCAGCCGCGCGCCCAUCACCAAGCAGAACGAGCAGGAGGCGGUGUGCACGGACGCGCACGCGGACGCACGGCCGCUGUCCGGCGGCCUGGUGGCCUUCAGCACGCUGGACGGGCGGCCGUCGGCGCACGACUUCGACAGCUCGCCCGUGCUGCAGGACUGGGUGACGGCCACGGACAUCCGAGUGACCUUCAGCCGCCUGCGCGCGCCGGGGGAGCCGGACGAGGGCGAGGGCGAGGACGAGGACGCGCAGCACUUCUACGCCGUGUCCGACCUGCAGGUGGGCGGGCGCUGCAAGUGUAACGGGCACGCGUCGCGGUGCGUCAGGGAGCGCGAGUCCGGGGGGCUCGUGUGCGACUGCAAGCACAACACGGCCGGAGCGGAGUGCGACCGCUGCAAGCCCUUCCACUACGACCGGCCGUGGCAGCGCGCGACCGCCAGAGAGGCGCACGAGUGCGUGGCCUGUAACUGUAACCUGCACGCGCGACGCUGCCGCUUCAACAUGGAGCUGUAUAAGCUGUCGGGGAGGAAGAGCGGAGGAGUCUGCCUCAACUGCCGCCACAACACAGCGGGACGCCACUGCCAUUACUGCAAGGAGGGCUACUACAGAGACAUGUCCAAGCCCAUCUCCCACAGGAAGGCCUGCAAAGCCUGUGACUGCCAUCCCGUGGGGGCCGCGGGCAAAACCUGUAACCAAACCACAGGCCAGUGUCCGUGUAAAGACGGUGUGACCGGUAUCACAUGCAACCGCUGUGCUAAGGGCUACCAGCAGAGCCGCUCGCCCAUUGCCCCCUGCAUAAAAAUUCCAGUUGCGCCACCAACAACCACAGCAAGCAGCCCGGAGGAACCAGCAGACUGUGACUCCUACUGCAAGGCAUCUAAAGGAAAGCUGAAGAUCAACAUGAAGAAGUACUGUAAAAAAGAUUACGCUGUCCAGGUCCACAUCCUGAAGUCCGACAAGGCUGGAGAGUGGUGGAAAUUCACGGUCAACAUCAUCUCUGUCUACAAGCAGGGCGAGAGCCGAAUCCGCCGGGGCGACCAGCUGCUGUGGGUGAGGGCUAAAGACGUAGCCUGCAAAUGUCCCAAGAUCAAAACCGGCAAGAAAUACCUUCUGCUGGGCAACGACGAAGAGUCCCCCGGCCAGGGUGGAGUGGUCGCGGAUAAGGGCAGUCUGGUCAUUCAGUGGAGGGACACUUGGGCCCGACGACUGCGGAAGUUCCAGCAGCGCGAGAAGAAAGGCAAAUGCAAGAAGGCGUAGGGUGGAGAGGGUCAAACAGAUUACCAUCCAGAACUGGACACAGAAACAGAGGAGCCACGGAAAAAAAGAGGGAGCGGGGGGACGAAGGAAAGGAGAGAAGAGGGACUGACCGUCGCCGCUUUGAGCUUUGAGCAGAGGGAUGAAGAGAAUGGUUUCUAUAAACAGGAACUGUUGUGAAGGAGCUCACCUUGCAGUUUUUUUUGUUGUUAUUCAUUUCCUUCAAGAUUUGUUUUCGUGGAUUUGCCAAGUUUGCACCAAGUUCAUAUUCAUUCACACAUUCAUAAAUAUAUAUGUAUCCAUACAUGUACAUAUAUACACGUAUAUGUGUGUGUUUGGGGGGUUGAAUUGAAAAUAAGAACGUCAACACAUUCAGAAACACAAUUUACAGAUUGCCAAACAAGACUUGGGGGUUGGAUGCAAUGGCAUUUUCUCGUCAUUCACUUGUAAGCCUGUUUUGUAUUACAAACAUCAACCACAUUUGCGCAUGAUAUUUGGGAUUUAUUUUGGAAAAGAAAAAAGAUUGUUCAAAAUUGAUGGGACUAAUUUUUUCCAGACUUUCACAUAGUUUUUCUUUUCAGCAUUUCAGUCUCCGAAUCUCCGUCCAAAACCUGAUUCUUUUUUAUGUCAGCAUUUUAAACACACACACACACACACACACACACACACAAACAAAACAAUACGAUUCAGGAUGUAAUGAAAUAGUAAAAUUAUGUAUAAUUCGACAAAAGACCCGAAUGUAAGGGUUGCCAAACAUGAUUCCACAUCACCAUCAUUCACUCUAAAUGUGGACAACAGUGUAAAAAAUGUACAGUAUAAAAUGCAUGUUUUCUUUAUCUUACUGCUAAUUCCAGGAAAUCUGAAAACUGGUGCUGCUGUGUGACACAAAACACAACAUAACAAUUUGAAUGUGCUUACUGAACGGUCAUUUCCCAAAAAAAUACAUAAAUAAAUAAUAAUAAAAAAAAAUUCAACAAUAUCUGGGGUUUACUCAGACUGCUCUGAGCAAACAGAAUGACCAGCAACACGAGAAAAUGUAUUGUAGCUUGAGUUAGAAUUUCAUUGUGAUAAAAUUCAAUUUACAAGAUUUUUUUUAAAAUACUAAGUUAAAAAAUUUUUAUUUUUAUUUUAAACACACUCCUUUCUUUAUCUUUUUAAUCAGGUCACCCCGCACUGUACAAAUGGCUCAUCAGAUCAACCUAAGACUUUUACUUCAAGUAGUAACAAGCAAUUGAACUAGUUUCAUUCAACUAAAAAAAUUACACUGAUUGAAAAAACUGCUCAUCCAAAGGAUUUUUUUAGGUUGAGUAGUUUAUUUACUUGUUACCACAAAGUAAUUUUUUUAAGUUGAUCUGAUGAGCCAUUUAUUACAGUGUGCCGCUCUGUAGAGCUUUGUUUAAUGCUCCAUAUAUCUGUGGAGAUUUUAUACGGUUCAUAUUUUAGAAAUAUUUUAGGUUGUAGGCGAGCAACAUUUCCAUUAGUUAGCUUCAGUGUUAUAUGGGCUGUUUGACUACCAAAACUAUUAAACUCUAUCUAAUAAUGAAUUCAGAUCAUUUUGUUGAAUUAUGUCUGUAUGUCUCAACCCAGCCUGAAAACCAACAGAUUAUCAGUAGUUUUAGCAUUUAAAAUGAUGAGAAAAGACAAAAAUAUCCCACAUUAUUUGCAUCACUAAUGAGUUAUAUCUAUUUUUUAAAUUUACCCUUUGAAUUAAACGGUGUAUUUUUUUAUAUAUAUAACACUGUGAGCUGAUCUGCUCCGACGCUUUGUUUACAUACUGUUGAAUUUGCUGAAAAGCAGAAAAAAAAAACAUAAAACAAAAAACAUUUGUUUCUGAAAUUAAUAAACAGUUGCCAAUUACAGUUUUUGAGUCAAACAGUAUUUAGAACAAACUGUCUUUAACCUCAACUUAAUCUACUAGUAAGAAUAUUUAGAUUUAAAAAGCAACAGGAACCCAAAUUCAUCGAGACCCAGUCGCCUCAUUUUAUCCUGGGAUAAUCCGCCACAAAGCCCGCGCAGCAUCAGCACUGAAGCCUCUGUGGAGCUCGGUUCCUCGCUCUCCUCAGACGGCAGAUCCUAUUUCACACGCUCGCUGUUCUUGGACAGAAUGUUUGUUCUAAAGGACGGAGGAUGCAUGAGUGCUAUACAAGUGUGAUUUACAGUUUAUGUACAUGUACAUACAACCGUACGGUUCCAUAUCACAUUGACCUUCAAAUAUUUAUACAUACGCUGCAUUUACGUGUUAAUUUUACAUCAUAAUACUCAUCGAUUCCACUUGUAAAUGUAUUCAUUUUUGGGCACUCAGCAUAUAAAUCAGUCUAUACAAUAUUCCUAUGAUGUAAAUUUAAGUUUCUUUUUCUUCAUCUUUUUUUUAAUGGAAACACGGCUGCCGUAUUUCACGCGACGAUCAGACCUGUCAGGAAAAAAAACACACUGCUUUUUGUUCAUACUAUGAAUUGUAAAUUUAAUAAGUCUGCAAUAUUGUUUUACAAUGCGUACUAAUAUAUUACGGUUAUUAUAUAUGGAAGUAUUUAAUGACACAGGACAUUGUGGAUUUUUUUCUUGUCUUUUUGCCUUCUUUUUGGUUUGGUUUUGGGUUUUUUGGGGGUUUUUUUGUUUGUUUUUUUUGUUGUUGUUUUUUUUUAACAGUUCGUGGUUGUUUAGGUGGUUGUGAUUAAACCAGAGCGGAAGAGUAACUACUGAACACCAAUCUGAUCAGACCUAAAUGAAGCAUUCAAGCUGGAAUAAAAGCUUUUAUGUCACUACUGUUUUCUUCAUCCACUCUGAGUUAUGUGCUUCACAUGAUCAUCACUGGUUUUUAUUUGAUUUGGCUG